AUGAGGCAGCAGAAAGGCCCUUCUUACUAUUCAUACCUGCCCUUGACGACCAAUCACAGAUCCAGCUCCGUUAACGGCACCUGGGAGCCUCACGGCGUCACUUUCUUUAUCAUCCAGGGCCUCGCUAACCUCAGUGACAAGAAGAUUAUCCUUUUUGUCAUCCUGCUGCUCGGUUACAUCAUCAUCCUGGGAGGAAACAGCAUGAUCAUCUUUGUGGCCGUGACUGAUCCCAGACUCACCUCUCCCAUGUAUUUCUUCCUCUACAACCUCUCCUUGGUGGACAUGGUCUACACCACCACCACCAUACCCAAAAUGCUGUCCGGCUUCCUGACAGACAUGAAUACCAUUUCCGUCCCAGGCUGCUUCCUCCAGAUGCAUUUCUUCAUUCAGCUAGGUGUUACUGGCUAUGCCAUCCUGACUGUCAUGGCGUACGACCGCUACGUGGCCAUCUGCGACCCCCUUCGCUACACUGCGAUCAUGACCAGAUCCAUUAAGCUGCUCCUGAUCGUGGGAGCCUGGGGCUUCGCCACCUUCUGCACCCUGCCAGCCACCUCCAUGACCUGGAAGCGACCUUACUGCGGGCCGAAUGUGGUGAGGAAUGGCUGGUGCGACCUGUCCUCUGUAAGGCGGCUCGUGUGUGCUGAUACAACCGUGGAUAACAUUGUGUCCGUUUCCUUCGCCAUACUGGCGUUACUGACCACAGGUGUCCUCAUCCUCACAUCCUAUGUCCUGAUUGGACUUUCCAUGUUGAAGAUGGGUGUCGCUCAGAGGCUGAAGGCCUUUGGGACGUGUGCCGCUCAUCUGACUGUGGUGUCCAUCUCAUACGGCUCAGCCUCUUUUGUAUACAUCUCCUACCGGGUGGGAAACUUUUCAGCAGAGGAGCGUAUCAUCGUGUCCGUGCUGUUCUCUGCUCUGACUCCUUUCCUGAACCCGAUCAUCUACAGUCUGAGGAACAAGGAGCUGCGAGAGUCCAUUAGAAGGACUCUGAACAGGCUCUUCUCGGUGAAGAUCAGGACUACGAGGCCGAUGUUGGACACCAUGAUGAAGAUGUAG